CCUAUUUGGAGAAAAUGCGUAGGCCUAUCUAUGGAAUCUGAGAGGAAUUGGAAAUCUGUUUUAUUACCAAAUCCAGAUUUAUUUCAAAGCGCUUUUUGUUGACAUUCUAUUGAAUUAUCAUUUAGAUUCAGUCAAUUUACUUUUGUUUUUUAAGGAUUGAAAGAGCUGUUUUAUAUAUGAACAACACUCGUUAAAAUAAUGAGGAUUAUGAGGUGAUCUCCCUUUGUUGAGUUGUUUUGAUGUCUAGACUGUAGGUGUUGACGUCAGGUUACGUCUUCUGCUAGAUUCUAGAUAGAUCUACAGUUCUCAUGGCUCUAUGAGUAGGAUGUCUUGAUCUUGACCUCCCUAAAGACAUUGGCAAAUGGCUCAACAGAAGCAGAUUUGAUGUGGAUUUUUUAAUAAGAAAAGAAAAAUGGAUUCUGCAGCGCACAAAAGCAUCCAUCAUCAAUACUUGUGUCGAGGGCUGUCAAAGCUGAAAGCGUCCUCGGAGCACACAGACACUGUGCUUGUGGUGGGGGAUACCAGGUUCCCAUGCCACCGGACUGUCUUGGCCGCCAUGUCUCCCUACUUCAGCGCCAUGUUUAGCUCAGGGAUGAGAGAAAGUUAUGAUGGAAUUGUUACGCUGAAAGGUAUUAACCCAAGCCAUUUUGAAAAAGUGUUGGAUUUUCUUUAUGCAGGAGAGAUUGAGCUAUCCCAAGAGUGUGUGAUAGAAGUUCUUCAGAUCUCCUCCAUGUACCAGAUCCAAGCAUUACAGCUAAUAUGUGAGAAGUUUGUGAGCCGUGAUUUGUCAUUGCACAAUUGUCUGCUCUAUUGGAACCUGGCUCUGAUCUACAACUGUUCUUACCUGGAGCUGCACUCCUUCUGGUGUAUCUUAGAAUAUUUUCCUCAACUCAAAAAUACCAAAGAGUUCCUGGAGUUGUCCAAAGAUGAACUGAUCAAGUACAUUGAUGCGGAUGGUUUGAAUUUUGAGAAGGAAGAGCUGGUAUUGGAUGCUGUAGUACUUUGGCUUGAUCAUGACGUAGACCGUGGGAAAAAGACAGCGCUUGACAUUUUGCCAUACCUGCGAUUUCCCUUCAUGGACUCAACUUCUGUCCACAACAUUGCCCAGCACUCCUCUGUCCUCCGCAACUGUAAAGCGUGCCAAGAGUUCAUUGAGAAAGCGCUUAAAGCUAAUCAAAAUUCCCCAGUGCCUGAUGUAACUAUCCAUCCGAACGCAUUUAAACACAGGAAAGAAGACGCAUUGGUGAUGGUGGAUGGACGUCGUCAAGAAGUAUGCUGUUUCACGCUGUACUCCAAGAAACUCUACUUCCUGGCUAAAUUCCCAUAUUUCUCCAACUCUAAAGCAGCGUGUGUGCACCGUGGGGAGUUAUAUGUGUCUGGGGGAUACCAUCAACCCAACAGAAUGGUCAAGUUUCUGACAGAGCAGAACCGUUGGGAAAACUGUCAUGACUUGCUGGAACCUCGUUUCUUCCAUGUUAUGGUCUCUGUCAACCAGUAUAUCUAUAUCCUUGGUGGGUACAGCAAACUGGGAAACGUCAACCCCACUGGCGUUGAGAGGUACGACCCAGUCACUGACGAAAUCUGUGUGGUCGGAGAGAUAGCCCAUUCUUCGGGCAAAAUGUCUGCAGCAGCAUGUGGAGAUGUGAUCUACAUGUUUGGAGGAAGUUCUUACCUCUACGACUAUCUGGAUAAUGAACUUGUGAGUAAGUCCAGUGUUUUGAUCAGCUACAACAUCAAGACCAACAGCUCAUGUCUUUUAGGGGCUGUGCCUGCGAUCACCAUGGGAAGCCAGGCUGUCAGUUUGGAUGACACUAUCUAUAUUUUCAGCCCCAAUGGGAAUGUUGUGACCCUGUCCAGCGAUGAAAAUCCUGUCAUCGUUCACAUCCUACGUUCAGUGGACCAUAGGCAUUUCCGCGUGGUGCACCAUCAUGGCAAAUUCUAUCUUCUUCCGCUGGCAGCUCCUAAAUUUCAUGAAGAGGUUCUGGUUCUGACAUGGGACCCACGCUCAUGUGAGGAGCACAUGCUGCUGUGGGACAAGCUGCCCCGUACACUACUGGACUCCCACUGGAUGGCUGUCAUGAUCGGCAAGCAGCACCUGUGCUACCAGUGCCACAGACGUUAGGCUCACUAUGUGGACAAUAGGAUUAUGUUGUAGGUGCUUAACUUGUGUGCAUAUGGAAAAACUGUGCUGGUUGUAAAUUUGUUUAAAGCUUUAAAAUAUAUCUAGCUGCUCACUCUGAAGGUACUGGAGGCACAUCUGAUGUCACCGUAAGACAAGUGUUAGGUUUAUGUUUGCAGUUUUAGGCUCACCAGAGCCAUAUCUGGGGCAUCUAAAACAUAAUAAUACUUGUAAUAAAAA